UUUUAAGGCUGGUGGCUGUGGAUGAUGAAGGGGAUGUUUUGACCUAUAGCAUAAGCGGCAGCUACGCCCACUACUUCAAUCUUGACAGUAGAUCAGGCAAUGUGACGUUGAAGCAAAGAGUGAAUUAUGAGCAGGUCUGAUUGGGUGGAAAAAGAGAUACAGUGGUCCCUCAACUUAUGAAUUUAAUGCGUUCCAAACGCACAUUCGUAAAUCGAAAAAAAUCGGAAGUCGAAUCCCAUAGGAAUGCAUUGGUGAAAAAAAUCCAUAAGUCGAAUAAAUCCUAUCUAAACAUUCGUAAGUCGAAAAAAUCCUAUUUGCGCCACAUCCAAAAUGGCGGAGGGAGCUCCAUUCGUAACUGAGACUUUAGUAUGACCAUACCCAGAGUAUAAGGCAAGGCCUCUUCAGCUGCUUCACCAGGAGGUCAAGGAAAGCACCUGUAUCAUCCAUGGAACUAAAUUGCCUUAAACAUUGUCUGCUGAAGAUGUUCACCAAGCUAAUAUUCAAAAAAAGAGAUGGGAAAGAAGGUUAGGGUAGCAGGAAGACUGGUGCUAGCAGAAACCUUUUUGAGGAAUGCUGAUAUUGUGUCAAGAGGAUGUGGAAUAAAUGGACCUAUGCAGUACAUUUACACUGAUAUUUCCAAAACCAAAAAGAGCAGCCAUGUUUCCUGAAUGCAAGCCAUUUUUUUUGUAAGAGCAGACCUACAAGAACAAAAGCUUGUAUUGUACUUUGAGUCCAGGCAGUUGUUGCUCUGGUAUAAGCAAUGCAUAUAUAACUAAUUAUUAUUAUCUUUUAAAUAUUCUGAUUUUGGUACUUCCUUGCAGACAGGACUCUGCAGGAAUUUUGUGGAUGUCACCCAUUUUGCUUUUACUCACUACCACCAGGGCUCAAAUCUACACGUUAAAUUAAAUAUUUGCUGUAAUCUAAAAUGUAACCAAGGUGAGAUAUUCUCAAAAACACUUGGCCCAUGAGCUUACCAGCUAUAUCUCAAAAUAGAAGCUACCUUCUGUCCUACAAAUGACAAUAUGGUUUUAUCUUGGUUUUAGAUUUUCAGGGAUAUACUUGCUGUAUAAGAAAUACGACCUGGCAUAUAAGACGCAGGAAUAUACAGUAUUUAUUUAACCCCUGAGAAUCAACUGAAUAUUGUCGAAAUACAGUGAUUUUAAUAUCUGUUUAAGGAAUUUUCACAUACGACUUUAAAAAUCUUCUCUUUUCCCCUGACUUUUCCCCAUGGUUUAACAUUAUCCAUUUUGUAAUAGAAUAUUCAGGCACACUAGCCAAAACCCAUAUAUUAUACAGUGGUACCUCGGUUUAAGAACAGCCCUGUUUAUGAACUAGUUGGUAUACGAACUCCGCAAAACCGGAAGUAGUGUUCUGGUUAGCAAACUUUGCCUCAGUUUACGAACAGAAGCCGAACGGUGGAAGGGCACCAGCAGCGGGAGGCCUCAUUAGGAAAAGCGCGCCUCGGUUUAAGAAUGGCUUUGGUUUAAGAACAGACUUCUGGAACGGAUUAAGUAUGUAAACCAAGGUAUCACUGUAUGUGUGUUUGUGUGAUUAUUUGUGUAUUAGGGGUGUGUGUCAGAUUUGGAUGAAUUAUGAAUCAACCAUGGAGUAAAAUGAGGCACCUCAGAAGGGAUUUUGGUCUUGCAUGGGCAAAGUGGAAUCUGUACAAGGUUGCACAAGAGUCAAAGCAGAGACCCCUGAAGUGCUCUGUGAUGCCUUGGUGAUUCAGCUGAUCAGUGAAACUAUGUCUCUAAGUUUACCAUUAGCCAACUUGGUUCCCCUCCAGAUGUUGCAGGUCAGAACUCCCAUCAGCUCUAGCAAGCAUGGCCAAUAUCCACUGGCGGAGGAAGGCGGCAAGCGGCACCCCCCCCACGCCGCACAGGUGGCUAGCUCCACCCCCGCGGGCUGGGGCAGGUAGCUCCGCCCCUGCCAAUAUCCGGGAAUGAUAGGACUUGUUGUCCAAAACAUCUGAAGGGCCCCAUGUUGGAACCUUCUCUAAAUGGGGUGAACAAAUUUCAGCAAGGAGAGAGAGCAGAGGGAGAACUCCACUGCGAUGGGGGCAGCUCAAGCUUGCAAUUAAUGGCAGUGGUUUUAUUCACUAGGUGAACCCCUUGCUUCAAGAAUUCCAUGUCUCUUUCAGGCAUGUAAGAAAGGAGGCAUCCCAGACUAUUCUGAUUCUGUGGAAGAAGUAUCUUGAUAGGAAAGGUGGCGGUGUCAUCAUGCCCCUUUUCCAAUCAGCAUCUGAUUUGCAUUUUCCCUUCCAGGACACAAAAAUUAUGCUUCUGGAUGCCCAAGUGACGGAUGGGAAAAGUGUGCCAGUCGAUAUGGGAAUCACCAUCAUUGUAGAAGACCGGAACGACAAUAAGCCAAUAUUCCAGAAUGAACCCUAUUUCACUGAUGUCCCAGAGAAUACACCAAUUGGCUCCUCAAUCUACACAGUUUUAGCUGUGGACAUAGACAGUGGAAACGCUGGACGGGUAUCCUAUUCAAUUGAGGAAGUCAACCCAAACGAUGCGGAGAAUCACGACCUCUUCUAUAUCCAAUACAAUGGCACGGUGGUCCUGAAUGGGUCACUUAGCUACAACAACAAGAGCACUUUCUACCGAAUCAAGAUCUUCGCCACGGAUAACGGGGGAUUAUUGGAUGGCCAGCUCAUCUAUCAGAACAACACAGCCUAUCUGUCUGUGACAGUUGUUGAUGUGGCUGACCUGGACCCUGUUUUCUUGGGAGCACCAUACUCAGGCUCUGUACCAGAGAACUGCCCUCUGGGCACAUCAGUGGUGAAGGUGCAGGCCAUUGACCAGGACAAGAAUGUGAAUGACAUCAUCGAUUACAGCAUCAUCACUGCCACUAGCUUGUUCACGAUCAACAAUGCCACAGGAGUCAUCACUGUGAGCGGCCACCUGGACCGAGAAGGCAUUCCAGGUGAAGAGGUGCAGCUCCAGGUUGUGGCUCGGGAACGAAACCUCAACAUUUACCAGCAGGUGGCGCAAGUGAACACCACUGUGACCAUCCAGGUCACUGACAUAAAUGACAACAAGCCUCAGUUCUAUCUGUGCACGGACUACGCAACCUGUGACUUCACAGGCCCUCCAGAGGGUGUCUUUUCCGGUGAUAUUGAGGAACACGCUUCUGCCAGAACACCUGUGGCCGGCCUCAACAUUGUUGCCUAUGAUCCUGACAAGGGCUCCAAUGGUACCUUCCAGCUGUCCCUGCGGGGUCCAGAUGCAUUUGCAUUUUCAGUCUCACCCCAGAAAAUCGUGAAUGAAGGCACCGUGCAGGUCCUUGUAAGCAAUUCAAGUCUUGUGGACUACGAAAAGACACCUACUAUGACCGUGGAGAUUGUAGCAAAUGACACUGGAAGGGAUACUGAUUGCUGCUCCUUUGCCAUGGUCACCAUCAAUCUCACGGAUACCAAUGACCACAGACCUGAGUUCAACCAGAGCGAGUACAAACUUUUCGUACUGGAGGAGAGUCCACCUGGCACCGUUAUCUCCUCUAACAUCACAGCUACUGAUCCAGACAGUGGAAAGUAUGGAGAGAUCACCUACUAUCUGCUUCCUCAGAGCAUCCAUUCCACGUUCACAGUGAAUGCAACAAGCGGGGCAGUGCUAGUGGCGGAUGGCUCUAAUCUGGAUUGGGGGAAGCGUUCUGUCUAUUAUGCCACUUUGCAGGCAGUGGAUGGGGGUGGUCUGUCUGGAUCCACACAGUUGGAGAUCACAGUAGUUGACAUCAACAACAACCCUCCAGUUGUGGUGGGUUCCUACAAUGUCUUUGUCACGGAGGGCCAGGACACCCGUGUCCAGAUCCAGGCCACCGACCAGGAUGAUCCAGAGACCAAUAAUAGCCGCUUGCAGUUUGAGAUUGUGCCUGGUGAAUUCAGCAGCUACUUCACUAUCGACCCAAGCACAGGAGUGCUGAGCAGUAAAGGGCCCUUGGACCGAGAAGCCAUCCCUGCACAGCUGGAGGGCAAGAUGGUGGUGACAGUCCUUGUGCAUGACUUGGGCAUCCCUCAGUUGAACGACACAGUGAACGUCACCUUCAUCGUGGAGGACAUAAAUGACAACGCACCCAGAUUCAACAGCUCCUUUUAUGAAUUUUCCGUUCCAGAGGGCUUGCAAGGAGUCUUUGUGGGGAGUGUGGAGGCUACCGAUGCUGAUCAAACAGAGAUAAACAACCGCAUCUCAUUCUACAUUGUAAGCAGCACAGGUUCAAAUAACUUUAUGGUGCGUUCGAAUCGCCUUGGCUCUGGCUGGUACCAGGGGAGCUUGAGUCUGGACUCCGAUGUUGCUCUUGACUAUGAUCGGCUGCAGCAGAAGUUCUUCAAUCUGACCGUGCAGGCGGAAAAUUCAGACUUUGGGGGGGCUGUGAAUGCUGACACUGCUGUGGUGAGGGUGAACGUGCUGGAUGUCAACGACGAGUCCCCAACCAUUGAGCCAUCUCCACCACGAGACAUUGAAGUUUUGGAGAACGUCACUUUGCAUGAGUUAGUUGUCACGCUAAAUGCCACCGACGUGGACACCAACCACUCACUGGUAUUCCAGGAGUUAGCUGUAGCCUGCUUCAAUCGUUCAGUCAACGUGGGCAAUGUGUGUCAGGAGUGGUUCCUUCUGGAGCCCAAUGGCUCAAUUUUUGUGAAUAGUUCGCAGAUAGACUAUGAGGCCUGUGACCUGGUGGAGCUCACAUUGCGUGUUAAGGAUGAGUUCACUGAGAAGGGAGACCCCUUCAGUGGAAAUGAGACCCUGAGAAUCUUAAUCACUGAUGUGAAUGACAACCCACCAGUGUUUGAAGAAAGCACCACCACCUUUGUGAUAAUCCCAGAAGUCUCUCCUGUGGACCUGCAGGUGGCUGUGGUCAAGGCUAAUGAUGCUGAUUCGGGUGUGAACAGUGUGAUUUCAUUUGCCAUCUCCAGGGUACUUUUCAUCCCAGACAAAGGACCCGAGCAGAUCCGUGAAAAUCUUUUCAAAGUGGUGACAACAGCAGAGAAGGACCUCUACAUUGGGAGCAUCCAAGUUGCCAGCAGCCUUGACAGUUCAUUGAAGGGUCAGUAUCGGGUGACAGUAGAAGCCAAAGACCACGGGAACCCUCCACUGUAUUCCUCAGUAUCACUGGACAUCUACACUGUCGACCAGAGCUACCGUGUCCGGCUGGUGUUUGAUUCCUCCUUGCAGGACGUGCAGUCUAACUCGGGUGAAAUCAAUGUGGCUCUGAGUAGAGCUACCCAAGCAACAGUCUAUGUAGCAAACAUCAAGUCCGUCGAGGAUUCUGGGAGCUCCAGAUCUGACAGGGCUGUGGCGAAGACAGCAAUGGAGGCCUAUUUUGUCUAUAGCAAUGGCACAGCUCUGAUGCCCGGAGAAGUACGCACACUCAUCCAGAGAAACCCUGAGGAACUCUCUCGGUUGCUCAAGCUUGGCCUAUCCAUCAUUGGCCCGGUGGAGGUGACGCAGUCCAACAAGGAGAAUGAGCUGUUCGCUGUCAUUGCAGGGCUGGCUGUGGCUGCUCUUCUUAUCCUCAUCGUCAUGCUCCUGAUAAUAAUAGGCAUGAGAAAAAGUUAUGGGAGGAAGCUGAAAGCCUUAAAAGCCCUGAAGGUGGCUUCAAAGUUCUCACCUGGCGACGUGGUACAGGGGCCUGCUAUCCCUGGGACCAACAAAUACAACGCAGAAGGGGCUAACCCGGUGCUUGGUUUCUCCUUGUACCCCUCCCUGGACCUGGAGGAAAACACCAGCUCUGAAGUGGCCAGCCUGAACUCCCUGGAUGAGAACAUGGUUGAUGCUCCAGAAGAUGCUCCACCCGCUUACAAAAGGCAUGAUACAGCAGAUGCUGUACACCAGGAAAAUGGAAGGAACGAGCCAUUGAAAGCUGCCUUAGAAAGCCACAAGAAAGACAAGCCAGAGCAACUGGGACACACCAAGCAGUAUUUCGCCUUCGACAACACCUCCUUGGACACCAGCGAUCUCUGAUCAUACCCUGCUUCCUCCUGGCAGAGGAACAGAAACUUAUGAGCAGGACUUGUAUAGCAACACUGGCUUGGAGACAUUGCACCAGCAACUGUAAAGAAACUCACUGGGAAUCCUUUUUAAUUUAUAACUUAAGAUUGUCUGCAAGCCUGCAUCCUAGGAGAAAUGAGUCUGGCCCAAACUAGAGAGAUCAUACUGAACAACAACAACAAGUGGAAGAAGUGGUAAGUGCCUACCAUGCUAGGCAACACCAGUAUUUUCAUGUGUUCAAAAGGUAUGAUGCAAAAUGGCUUGUGGGUUUGUUUGUUUUUUUAAACAAUCAAGUAGUGUAUAAAUUUCAUGAAAUAAAUAACAUAAUAAAAAUUCCAC